AUGUUGGUCCUGCAAAGAUGGAGGCCGGAGAUGUUCUUCAGGAGGCUAAGAGUAACACAUGUGUUGGUGUGGGGUAGAAUGAGUGGGGUGCCAUUUGAAUACUAUGAUAGGGAGGCGAUUCAGAUGCUGGGUGGUGUCGUGGGAGGAGUUGAGGAGGUGGGGAUUGAUGGAUGGGAAAGGUGGGAAAAAGGUUAUCUUUGUGCUAGAGUUUGGGUAAGGAUAGAUGAUCCAAUUGUCCCAGGUUUUUAUACUCAAGUGGAAGGAGGACGCAAGGUGUGGAUAUACUAUGAAUAUGAAAGAGUCCACAAGAUCUGUCAGAGGUGUGGCCGGAUUGGACAUACGGCGCCUAUUUGUCCGAUUGAGGAUGAUGCAGAGCUUAAUCGGUUCCUGCAUCGGAAUUUUGUGCGAGAUGCAAAGGCAAUGGGACUUCCCCUACAUGAGGAAUCAAGCUUUAAAUUAUAUACAGCGGCAAUUCAAGCCCACAGGCAUAUGCCAAAGAGAAGGGAGGAGGAAGGGCGCAACCUUUUGCCAUGGAGGGAGAAAGGAUCUCAGAUAGUGGAAAUGCAUCCAGAUGAGAUUGGCCCGAGUAACAGGGGAGCAGGUUCAAGAGUUGAGCAGGAGACGGGAGGGACCAGCUGUGCAAUUAGAUGGCCAGGCUCUGCGAAGAUGGUUAGGGGUGGAGCUAAGCCAGAACUUAAUCAUCUUAACCCUGAACGAUGGGAGGCCCAAGUGAGGUUCUGCCAUUGGAGAAUGUGCAAGACUCGCUGCCGGAGUGCAGUGCCAGAGGAUGAUGACGAUCAGGUGAUGAUGGAUAAUAAUGAACAAAUGGGACUGACACUGUAUGAACAAGAUGAGAUGGUGUUGGAAGAGAAGUUUGAAAUGAUAGAAGGACAGAAGAAUAUCCCGUGGCCGGCACCGACGUCGUGGAAGAAAUUCAAGAUGCCGGAAACUCUACCGGAAUUACCAAACUGGUGGCAACCAGAUUUCUUCACAACUUGUGGACGGGAAUUUCGAGAUGAGGACGGGUGCAUUAAAGAGAUGAGUAAUGACAGGCGACAGAAGUGGUUGGAGAGGAGGGGAGUUCUAGGACAUGAACUUAAUAUGGGAUUGAAUGUGAUAGAACCUUUAAAGAAAUGUAAUCUAAAUGGAUAUGAGGUGACGGAGAGGCAUACACAAGGAGUUUGCAACGAGAGUGGAGUGAAUGAUUGUCAGAAGAUUUUUUCGGGGUUGGGUGACCAGAAGAUGGACAUGGAUGAGGAACUGGAAAGGCUAUGGGAUAUUGCAAGCCACAUUUGGAAGAAGGAUGGCCCAAGAGGAGCUAAUUUGGAUACGGCAGGUUUGGGCAUGGCUGGAGAGAAGCCCAAAUUGAGCGGAAGAGGGGGACGUGGGCUUGGAUGUGGACGCCCAUCAGAUGAGGAGGUUGCGGCCCAGAAAGCAGGACUGGAUGAGGAAGAAAUAAAAAGGAGAAGGCAGAUAAGAAGGGGAAAGAGGGCCCUCAACAAAAGUGGAAGAGGGAUUAAAAGGCCCAAUGAUCCUGGCCCAAAGAUGAGGAGAAGGCAUGUUCCACCCGUAAAAGACUGGCCUACCCUCGCAGGGCCCAUCGAAUUAAACCAACAAAAGAGGAUCACAAUUUAA